AUGAAAGCAACAUGGCGGAAGUCGUGCUCAUGCUUUUCCGGUCCUAUCUCGAUGGCUGGGUGCCCCAGAAGCCCCAAGUACCGCCUCACACGACACUUCCGUUCAGCGACUCCUUCCUACUUCCGAUAUACUCGGCAGGUUUAUGGAUCCGCGGAUAUUUUGGUCGGAGCCUCACGACGAGAAACCGACCUUGGACGAACUACGGCGAGGAGGGGAAUUGCCAGCUGUUGGUAUCGACCUCCUCCAGUCGGGGAAGUAGGCGAGUCUCUCGGCUCAGUUUGUUUACUGCCGUCCCAGCUCUCGGUACAAUAA